GGCCGAGGAGGCAUGAAAUUGCUGCAGAUGCUUCUACGGGGGAGCCCCUGCUGCCCACAGCCUGCGAUCAGCCCGCCAGGCAGGCCUCGGCUUGAGUGCCAGACAGGGGUCCUGCCUGUCCUGCGUGAGACCUGUUGGCUCUGUGCUCUUCCCUGGAGCUGCCAGCUGCCUGGAGAACCCAGCCUCUUCAUGGAAAGCCCGGUGCAGCAGCGCUCUGGUGAUGGCAUCCGACAGUGACGUGAAGAUGCUGCUAAACUUCGUGAACCUGGCGUCCAGCGACAUCAAGGCGGCCCUGGACAAGUCCGCGCCCUGCCGCCGCUCGGUGGACCACCGCAAGUACCUGCAGAAGCAGCUCAAACGCUUCUCCCAGAAGUAUUCCCGGCUCCCGCGGGGCCUCCCCGGCAGAGGGGCUGAACCUCACCUGAAAAGGGGGCCCGAGGACCGGCCCGGGAGGUUGCUGCCCCUCGAAUCUGGCCACGGUUCCAGCCCCGGCGGGGGUGGGGGCUGCAAGGAGAAGGCAUUGGGGAACCUGGACCGGGAGGAAAGCCUCUCUAGGGAGCGGACCCUCCAUGGGCCGGAUCCAGGAGCUGCCAGGCCUGGCCAGGUGCCCAUGAGGAAAAGACAGCUGCCUGCUUCCUUCUGGGAAGAGCCACGGCCCACCCACAGCUACCCCGUGGGGCUGGAGGGGGGACUGGGACCCCGGGAGGGACCUCCCUACGAGGGUAAGAAACACUGUAAAGGCUUGGAGCCCCUGGGGCCCGAGACCGCCCCGGUGCCCACCUCCCCCAGGGCACCAGCUGAAAAGGAGCCACUCAAGAUGCCUGGGGUCUCCCUGGUGGGCCGCGUCAGUGCCUGGAGCUGCUGCCCCUUCCAGUACCAUGGACAGCCCGUCUACCCAAGCCCUCCAGGCGCCCUGCCCCAGAGCCCGAUGCCCAGCCUGGGCCUCUGGCGGAAAAGCACAGCUUCCCCCGGCGAGCUGGCCCACUUCUGCAAGGACAUGGAGGGCCCGGGGCAGAAAGUGUACAGACCUGUGGUUCUGAAACCCAUCCCCACCAAGCCGGCUGUGCCCCCACCCGUCUUCAAUGUCUUCGGCUACCUCUAGCCAGGUGGGGAGGGCCUUGGCUCCCUCCUCUGGCCUGCAGGGUA